CUAAGCGUAGCCAACGGGAUCAGGCAGUCAAAAAGUUGCUGCGCAUAUUUCAGUGUGAAAAAUACAUAUAUUACGUGUCUUUUCUUUGUUUUAAUUGUGCUUAUAUUGUUACAUAGACUUAAGUGAAGUGUUAAUGUACAGAAUUUUUGGCGCGUUUGCAACGACGUCGACUGAGGAAUUUCAUACGUCAACCCAAACGUCAACGUCAUGCGUUUGCCGUUGACUGAACUUUUGGAGGGAAAAUUCUUGUCAGUAGAAAUUUGAGCGGGAUAACAAGACGACGUGUGCUGUAGACAGACCAUCAUAACCAAUUCACACAAGCAACACUAAAGACCUAUUGGUGCAAGUUAGUCAAUUCAACCCUAGAAGAAACUAAAGAAAAGUGAAUUAAAGAGAAGCACAUGAGAAAUUGGCCCACAUCAAUAAGAAAAAUAAUAGUCAUCAAUAAAAUUGAUAAGAAGUGUUAAACAAAAAAAAAGAAGUUGCUUUUAAAGAAAAUUAUAUAAAAUAGUGAGAAAAAAAAUUUACAAAAGAUGGCUCAACCUUCCAUAGCAGCAUUUUUUAAUACCAGAAAACGUGCAGUUGCUGAAGAUGUUACCACAAUUAAAAAUAGACGCCUUUUGGACAAUGCAGAACCCACUAGACAAGAAUCAAAUGCUAACAUACCUUCACAAAAUAAUCCGACAAAUGAUGCGCCACAACCGCAACAAGAACAAAACGAUGAUAUCGCUGCUCUUAAGAAGAUGGGUAUGCGUACCCGUACGGUGGUCAAACGCAUUGGUGUGCAAGACCCUAGCCAAGUGCCCGACAGUGGAGUGUCGCCCAAGAAAAUGUCCAAAAUUGAAGAAAAUGUUAAGCAACAAAAGCUUGUCGAAUUCAUUAAAAAGGGCACAUUGUCGCCACGUAAGAAACCUGCGGCAACUAAAACAAAAUCGCGCCAAAAAGUUAAUGAGUCGACACCUACGGCUACCAUAAUAACAGCUUUCACCUCACAAAACAAUAACAAAAAUAUGGAACGUGGCCUUAAGACACCCACCAAACAAAUCAUUAAAGGAUCCAACACUCCCCUUAAACAGGGCGAACUUAAGUCGUUGGUGAAAAAGGAACUGACUUUUGAUGAGGUAAAAACAAAAGUGUCACGUAGUGCUAAACUACAAGAACUUAAAGCUUCACUGGCUCGUAUUCAAGAGUUGGAGAAGACACGCAAGGCACAGGAGGAGCGCAAUCGUAUGCUAAAAGAGAGCAUGCAAUCACCUUCUAAAAAGACUCCAGUUUUGCAAUUGAAGGAAUUCGAUAAAAUCGAAUUGGAAGUUUUGACAAGUCCUUCGAAAACCUUUAAAACACCCACUAAACUUCCACCUCCAACACCGGAUAAAAAUGAGCUUAUGUCACCACGCCACACUGAUGUGUCCAAGCGUGUUCUCUUUAGCCCAGCCAAGCUGGGCUCUCCCUCAAAACUGGUUGUACCACCGGCCUAUCAACGCUUUAUGUCAUUGGCUGAAACCAGUAAAGCUGGUCAACUGCCUUUGCCCUAUAAAUAUCGUCAUUUGAUUGAGAUAUUCAAAGGUCUAGACUCGGUGUGCGCCAUGUUUCAUAAUCGCCGUGAGGUUAUAACAUUCAAGAAAUUGAAACCGGCCGUUCAAAGAAUGUUGCGCAAAAAUUUCUACGAAAGACAUUUGGCACAAAUCAAGUGCAUCUUUCCGGAGGCUUUUAUAUUUACCCAAAUGAAGAUGCGCAAUUAUGGAUCUGCCUCUAAGGCGGACUAUUUCCAAUUGGUCAUUGCUCCUAAUGUAGAGAACCUACCGGAAAAAAUGAAAAUGAAUAAAAUCGAUGAAGACGAUGUGCUAACUUCGGCUCAGAGCAAUUCUAUGAAUCCCCAUGUAAUGACAGAGAGAUUACAGAGAUUCCAAUUUUUGCUAUUGCAAAAAGUGAAAGAGGAACAUGAGAAGUUUUUGAAAUCAUUGGAUCCCCCUCUUUCUAUACCCAAGGAAAAAGUAACACGUUGGCAUCCAGAUUUCGAUUUGGAGAAUUGUCCUGAGAUACCAUUGGCUAACUUGCCCCAACCUCCCAAUGUGGAAAAAUACUCAUCGGCUAAAGAUAUACUGUCUACAGCUAGAAAUCUAUUUAAUUGUGCCACACCCAUGGAAAGGGUAAUGGAACGUUAUGAAGCUAAAAUUGAAGCUGAAAAGGUAAAAGCAGAGAAUCAGAAAAAUCUGGAUAAUGCUAAAGCAGAAACUUCCAAAGAGUCUCAGGCAUCAAUGAGGGCUAAAGAGGAUAGUGCGGACAAGCCAGCAGAGCAAAAAGAUAAUGCAACACCAGUAGACGCUGCCAGUACUACAGCCACAAAUCCAACAGCAGCAGAUGCUACAUCGAAUCUACUAAAAGGAGUGCCCAAAUCGUUGCUGGAAAAGAUACGAGCCAAACAGGCAGCCAAAGCUUUGGAUGCCAUGACUAGAAGGCCUUCGCAAGAUCAGGAGGCUGCCAAAUAUUCACGUUUACCGGAAAUGGCCCGCCAUUUGCGUAAUGUUUUCAUAACUGAACGCAAAGGUGUGCUCACGCAAGAAAUUGUCAUUAAGAAAAUUCAAAAUAGUUUCCGUACCUCCCUAACAGCCCAAGAUAUUGAGAAUCACCUAAAACUGAUGGCCAAAGAGGUGCCUGCCUGGGUGGCAUUUCAUGAGGUACGCAAGACUAUGUACUUGAAGAUCAACAAAGAAAUGGAUUUAAGCAAAGUAAUAGAACGUCUGGAAACGGUGGCAAAUGAGAAGAGUAAAAUGUAAGCUGCUGCCGGGAGCUGCAAUUGCAAUUAGAGUACAAGAUUUUUUUUGUUUUCAAUUUGAUGACCCUAUAUAAUCACACACCAUCCCAGACAAAACCCGCCAAAAUCACACUUUUAUUUCUACAACUAUUGCAAUCUACACAUAUAUGUUUUCUUAUACCUCAUAAGAUACGGUUUCGUAUAAUACGCUUUGUUCUCUUAAGAAUUAUUACUAUUAUUAAUUAUUAUUAUAUGUAUUUAAUUUUGAUCAUCACAUAUCCUUAAACAACUUAGAUAUGUAAGCGUUCAAUUUAUCCAAGAGAAUUCUAAGACUUAAGCGGAAAGGCUAUACGGACAAUUUAUUUCACUUUUAUACACAUAUGUAUUUGUGGUUACUUUCUAGUUUUUCCUAUGCUGAAUUUUUUGUUAUACAAGUUAGCUGUAAGGUUAAUUUUUUUUUAUUUGCUUUGAUUAAUCCCCCAACCGAAAUUUCACUAACAAGCAAAUUUUUAGUUAUUAACCAUGAACCCGCCCUAUC